AUGGCGGCGGAGCCCGAGUCCCUACCGCCCUGCGGCCCGGCCGAGGCCCGGCCCGCGCUCCGACACCUCGCCGCCCUCCUGGGCCACCUGCGGGACGCCGAGGCCGCCGGCGCCGAGCCGGUGACCGCCAGCGAGGUCUCCCCCGGCGAUUGGAACCUGUGCACCGUGGCCGGGGUGCUGCUGGGCUACCCCGCCGUGUACACGUUCGCCCGGGGCGCCGAGAACUGCCUGGCGCUGACGCCGCUGCGGGUGUUCACGGCCCAGGCCGCCUGCCCCCGCAUCAAGGACGGGCUCAGGGUCCGCAUCUGCUCCUUCAGCGUCCCGGAGAGCCUCUGCGCCCAGCUCGGGGAUGCGCUGGAUGCCUGGUGCCACGAGCUCAGGGAGGCUUUCAGUGCUCAGACUGAUUUUGUAGACCUCUGCAUUUCCAGCGAGGUCGUGUCUCUUCCAGCGGUUGCCUUGUGAAACACCAGCAUACUCUGACUCUUUGUCCUUCCUCACUGCGUCAGGGACCAAGGCAGAAGAUCCAGUCCCCUGCAUGUCUCGUGGUCCUUGAGCACUGAAGGCUGAAUUGUGACAGUCACCGCGGGCCGGUGGCAAAACCAAAUACACGUUCUUUAAAAAGCCAAGUGUGUGGACACGUGUGCUCCCAGCUGCUCUGCAGCCUCAGUCCUGCCUGCCUGCACAUUGCACCCUGCAAAGUCAGUGUAUUUAUUUGCAGUGGGCAGCUGAAGAUUAAUAAAUGAUUUGAACAGCACGGUGCUUU